AUGACUCAAGACCAGGGCCAUGAUUUACCCUCUACAUUGAAGCCUCGUCGUUUGCUUCGUGGCGAGAUCACAUAUGCCGCAGCAAAGGAACAAGAUGCUAACAUUCUCCAUGAGUUGGGCUACAGAGAUCAAAAGAUUCGAUUUUUCACCCAGUUGGACCGGAAUCGAGACCUGAUCAAGACGAUCGUCGCUCACCACCUUGGCCUUGCAUCUACAGAUCAAUGUCGUGUUGUGGAUGUGGGGGACUGGAUACACGGAAGCUUCAAUGUUUGCAUACGGGUUGACGUUGUUGACCUGAAAGGAAAUGUUGAAAGGCAGGUCAUGAUUCGGUUUCCCCUACCCUAUCGGAUUGGAGAGAAAUGCUGCCCAGGAAAUGCGGACGAGAAGGUCCGUUGUGAAGUUGGGACGUAUGCGUGGCUCAAAGAGAACUGUCCCACUGUCCCCAUUCCGCAUCUUUAUGGAUUCGGGCUAUCAAGUGGCAAAUCUUUCACCGACCCCGACAACCUUCCAUUUUUCACUCGAAACAUCCAGCGUCUACGUCUAUGGCUUUUGCAGAUACUACGCUAUCCGGUUCCAUCUUUCUACGUUGAGAAUGCCACCAAAGACCAGACUCUCCUUGGUACGCCCUAUAUUUUGAUUGAAUAUAUCGAUCCAUCGAGAGGCAAGAUGCUUUCUGAAACUUGGGAGGAGGGACGUUUCAAUCCGACCUUGCGCACAAACCUUUUUCAUGGCCUUUCUCGCAUUAUGCUGACACUGGCACGGAUUCCAUUGCCUAAGAUUGGCUCGUUCGCAUUGGAUGAAAAUGGUUAUUUAAGCUUGAGUAAUCGACCUCUUACCCUUGAAAUCCAACAACUGAAAAACGAGCAGAUUCCGGUCGACAUACAGCGACAUUCGACCCACACCAGUGUCGAAUCGUUUGUUCAUGACACUCUUUCUCUCCAUGAGAGUCGCCUUCGCCACCAACCCAAUGCAGUCAACAGUGUCGAAGAUGGUUUCUAUCAGACAUCUGCACUGAUGGUAAUGAGAAGUAUAUGGCCUUGCUUUUUUCGUCGGGAUCUUCUCCGAGGACCAUUUUUCCUCAAUCUCACAGAUCUCAACCAGAGCAACGUCUUUGUCGACGAUGAUUGGAAUAUCGCGCGCCUUAUAGAUCUCGAAUGGGCCUGCUCUCACCCAGUAGAUAUGAUCCAUCCUCCACACUGGUUGACAAACCAAGCUGUUGAUCUGAUCAACUUGGAUGAGUACAAAACCCUCCAUGCAGAGUUUCUGGACGCUUUUGCCGAGGAAGAAAAAAAGCUCGAUCCACCUUUUCGUUUGUGUCCCAUUAUGAAACAGGGACUAGAGAACGGCACGUUCUGGUGUUCUUUAGCCCUCGCUAAUCCUACAGCUUUGUUUAAAAUUUUCUAUGAUCACAUCCAACUGAGAUUCUCACAGGCUCAUGAUGAUCCUGCCUUUUGGCGCAUUACUAUGCCGUACUGGUCGUUCAAUACGUUCGACUUUAUUGAACAAAAAGUGAAAGACAAAGAAAGAUACGAUACUUCGUUACGAGAAGCAUUUCAGCCCUGA